AUGUCGAGGCAAGAUAAGGCCACGACGGACAGGUUUGCAAGGACUCUUCGAGAGCUUGUAAAGAAACCUGAAAACAAAGUAUGCGCGGAUUGUAAACGCAACGAUCCACGAUGGGCGUCAUGGAAUCUAGGUGUCUUUCUGUGCAUUCGGUGUUCUGGAAUCCAUCGCGGAAUGGGAACCCACAUUAGCAAGGUGAAGUCGGUGGACCUUGAUGUUUGGACUCCAGAGCAGAUGGAGUCUAUCCAGAAAUGGGGCAACCGCCUGGCGAACCUCUACUGGGAAGCGCAUCUCAAACCUGGGCAUAUCCCUCCCGAGCACAAAAUGGAAUCCUUCAUCCGCUCGAAGUAUGAAUCGCGUAGAUGGGCGCUCGAUGGCCCUCCUCCUAGUGACCCUUCCGUUCUGGACAGUGGAUCAACUGUUCAAUCUGCCCCCGUGCCUCAACCUGCACCCUCCCAGCAAUCUGUGACGCAGCCAACGAUGAACUCUACGCGACAGACACACGCCAAGAAUCCCAGCAUUUCUACUCGCGGCUCGGUCGCUCCUCCAAUCACGACCCGCCAACCGCAAGUUCACCAGCUUAUCUCUUCUAACUUCACGAACAGACCGGCCCCGGCUAGCUCGGUGGCUACUCCUAGCCCACCCAUAACACACACGUCUACUCCCUUACAACCCACCGCGGCCCCUGGAAAUGAUCUCUUUUCGCUGGAUUUCCAUGCACCAACCACACCUGCGAACCACGCCUCUGUCGUUCCUGAACCAAAGAAGGAUGUUAAACAUGAUAUCCUCUCUUUGUUUUCUGCGGCCCCAGCAAGUGCAUCCCCCGCUGCUCCAGGUUUCGGACAAUUUAACAGCUUUGGUACCCAGUGGGGCGGAACCGCCCCUCCCCAACAGGUUCAGCAGCAACCAGCUGUUCAGACCAGUAUGGUAGGGGGAAAUGGUGUCGGAAUGUGGGGUGCAUCCUCUGGUUGGACCGGAACACCAGUUGCACCAGUUGCGCAACCAAACAUCUGGAACGCAUCCGCGACCGCCAGCCAUCAACAGCCCCCCAGUCUCUUCGACACAAAUGCCGUGUGGGGUGGUACCGCUUCUGCCCCGUCAUCACAAGAUUUAUUCGGGUCGUCUUUGGCCUCGCAACCUGCAGCCAAGAAAGACGAUGCGUUUGGAGAUAUUUGGGGGGGUUUCAAGUGA